CCUCCCCCGGCGCGGCAGCAUGGAGGCCCGGCUGCCCUACGACGACUUCCCGGUGGUGUUCCUGCCGCCCUACGAGAGCCCGCCCGCCUGGGUUCCGCCGCACGAGAGGGUUUUCCACCCCGACUACAACAACGAGCUGACCCAGUUCCUGCCCCGCACCAUCGUCCUGAAGAAGCCGCCCGGGGCUCAGCUGGGCUUCAACAUCCGGGGAGGAAAAGCCUCGCAGCUGGGGAUCUUCAUCUCCAAGGUGAUCCCUGACUCAGAUGCUCACAGAGCUGGGCUGCAGGAAGGGGACCAGGUGCUCUCGGUGAAUGACGUGGAUUUCCAGGACAUUGAGCACAGCAAGGCUGUGGAGAUCCUGAAGACAGCCCGUGAAAUCACCAUGCGUGUGCGUUACUUCCCCUACAAUUACCAGAGGCAGAAGGAACGAACUGUUCACUAGUCAGCAGCUCUCUGCCAGGUCUCCAGAGUGGCCAUCCUCGCCAAAAACUCUCUACUACUUCUCCUCAACACGUGAGAUGACACACCAAGUUUCAGCUGUCACUGGAGGUACCACUGUCCUGUUGGCUGCACAGCAUCAGCUCUGCUUCCUGCCUGGAGGGACACCAGUAGAGUCUUCUUUAGCUGGAAGAUGGAUGGGGCUUUAGUCUGUACUCCUUGAACUGGGUGUUGAAACAACCUGAGGGUGCUGAUGUGGAAGUGGGUCCUGGAGAGCAUCUUCUCCAGCAAGGUCUGUGCUUCUGUUCUUGUAGGACUUAAAUGAGUGCUUUGGUGCUGGACCCAACCUUGUUGCCAGAUGUAAGGCCAGGAGGGUCUGAACGUGCUUGAGCAGAGCACAGCCUUGGUUCUGCCAAGACAUCGACCUGUUCAGUUCUCUGGUGACUUGACAUUCUCUCCUUGUCUGCUGUCCUACCUCUGCUCUGCAGUGCUGGGUGUGCUGGGGUCUGGGGGGACAGGGGUGACACCCACCCACACUCUGUGCACAUCUCCAGCCUCUAGUCUUGCCGAGCCGUGCGUGUCCCUCUUGCUGCUCAACGACAUUGGCAGUGGCACCAGGACAGCCCUUGCUCUGGGCUCUGGGCCCUGUUUUCUGCUUCUCUGUAACAAAUGAAACAAUAAAGGAGCACAGCAACCAG